GCGAAAGGGAACGUAUAUACAGAGGAAAAACGAAAAAAUAAAAAAAAAAUAAAAAAAAUCAAUUACAUCUGCCUCAUCACCAUCAUCAUCGACCAAAGCAUUAUAAAAAACUUUUUAUAUUAUUUCAUUAAUAUAAUAGUUGUAUAAAAAAUUGAAUAAUUUAUAUUAAAUUAAUCAUCGAGUUGUAGGAUAAUUACAACAAAUAAUUUUCAUAUUUUUAAUGGUCAAAUAGUUAUUCUAAACUAACAUUGAGGUGUGUGCUAAUGCGUGGCAUUUCAGAAAGUUCACCAAAUCGGACAAUGGCGGAGGAUUUUGAUGUUGAAGCGAUGCUGGAGGCUCCUUACAAAAAAGGGAUGGUACGCAAUUUGUUCUACAACGAGUUCCUAGAAUGCACUUGAAGAGAGAAGAAAAAGGAUGUGUGGUUGGCCAUGGUAGUAUAUGACCAAGGCAUACUCAACCCAAGAUUGCAAUGCUUUCCUAAUAACUGAUAAAUCAUUGGAGCAAGAGUCAUCUUCAAUCAAGGAAAAAUCCAGGGAAAAUGGGUCCAGUAGAAAAUCAGGGAGAAGCAAACGUACUCGUUCACGAUCACGAGAUAGAAGAGAUCGAAAAGACAGAGAUCGUGAUCGUAGUGAUAGAAAUGAACGUGGUGGUGAUAGAGCUGAUAGAGAUAGAGAACGUGGCCGAGAUCGUGACAGAGAUAGAGAUAGAGAAAGAUCCAGAGAUGUUGGUGAACGUGAUAGAAAAAGAAGAUCAAAAUCAAAAGACAGAAAAGAUCGUGAUGAUAAAAAAAGUGAUAAAGAUCGUGACAGAGAAAGAGAUAGAAGAAGAAAAAGAUCCUUGACACCAAUAACACUACCACGUGCACGUCCACCUUUUGGUAAAGGUGUUAGUCCACUUGGAAUUUAUAGGAGGAAUGAUGAAUUAACACCCGAAGAACGUGAUGCACGUACUGUAUUUUGUAUGCAAUUGAGUCAACGAAUUAGAGCACGAGAUCUUGAAGAAUUUUUUUCAAGUGUUGGCAAAGUACAAGAUGUCAGACUCAUAACAUGUAAUAAAACACGAAGAUUUAAAGGUAUAUCAUAUGUUGAAUUUAAAGAUCCAGAAAGUGUUACAUUGGCUUUGGGUUUAUCUGGUCAAAAAUUACUUGGUGUACCAAUUGUUGUUCAACAUACACAAGCAGAAAAAAAUAGAAUGGGUAAUACAAUGCCAAAUUUAAUGCCUAAAGGACAAACUGGACCAAUGAGACUUUAUGUUGGUUCAUUACAUUUUAACAUUACCGAGGAUAUGUUACGUGGUAUUUUUGAGCCAUUUGGUAAAAUUGAUAAUAUUCAAUUGAUUGCCGAUCCAGAAACUGGUCGUAGCAAAGGAUAUGGUUUUUUGACAUUUAGAAAUGCUGAUGAUGCAAAAAAAGCAUUAGAACAAUUAAAUGGUUUUGAGCUUGCUGGUAGACCAAUGAAAGUUGGUAAUGUUACAGAAAGAACAGAUUUAAUGCAGGGACCAUCACUACUUGAUACUGAUGAACUUGAUCGUAGUGGAAUUGAUCUUGGUGCAACUGGUAGAUUACAACUUAUGUUUAAAUUAGCUGAGGGUACUGGACUUGAAAUUCCAACAGCAACAGCAAAUGCAUUAAAUAUGACACCUGGUAUGUCAACACCUCAACCACCACCACAAGUUGUACCACCAAUUGCAACACAAUGUUUCAUGUUAUCAAACAUGUUUGAUCCUGGAAAUAGUGAGACGAAUCCAACAUGGGCAAAAGAAAUACGUGAUGAUGUUAUUGAGGAGUGCAAUAAACAUGGUGGUGUACUUCAUGUUUAUGUUGAUCAUGCAUCACCACAGGGUAAUGUAUACGUUAAAUGUCCAUCAAUAUCAACAGCAGUUGCUUCGGUUAAUUCAUUACACGGUAGAUGGUUUGCUGGACGUGUUAUUACUGCAGCAUAUGUACCAAUUAUAAAUUAUCAUUCAUUAUUCCCAGACGCUAUGACGGCGUUACAACCACUUGCACCAAGUGCACCGCGACGGGGCAUAUGAUUUUAAUAAUAACAUUUAAAUAACAAAAAUACGAAAAACAAAAAAAAAAAAAAAACACAAAAAAAAAAAUCAGGGUUAUUUGUGAUUGAUACUUUAAAUUCAUCCUGACACACAAACUUUAUAGCAAUUUAAUUAUAAAUAAUAUGAUAAAUACAGUUGUCAUUUUUAUAAGUUGCGGUGAGGGGAAAAAUAAAAUUUGUCAUGAUGAUUAAUUUUUAAAACUUGGUGAUAAUGUUGAUGAACACAACAUUUUCAACGUCAUAUUUGACGGUGCUUUUCACACAACAAAAAAAAAAUACAGCUAAUAUAUAGAUAUAUAUAUAUAGAGAGAACGAGAGAGUGAGAGAGAUCAAAUAAAAGAUCAAAUGAAACAUGGUAAUUGAAAAGAAAAAAAAAAAAAAGUGAGAAAUUGUAUGUAAUUUUCUUGAUGAAUAUUCGACGAGUAUUAUUGUAUUUUACGUUAUAAAAAUUUACUGAAGAUAAACAAAAGCUACUAAUCAUUAAUUUUAAAAUUCCGAAAUAGAUGAAUUAUUGUUUUUUUUUCUUGUUAUAUUUUGUACUACUAAAUACAAAAUCGUUUUCAACAAUACUGCGAUAAUUUAUUAUAUUUAUUAUUUUAAAAAGACAAUUAAUUCAAAGUGUACAUUUUUUGCUCAUAGAUUUACAAAAAAAAAAAAAAAAAAGAAAUGAAAUUAUUGUAGCGAUGAUUUAAUUGAAUAAAUAAAUUGAAUCUAUGAUUUAUUGUUGCUUUGUUAA